GAGGCCGGGCCGCGAUGGCGGCCGAGGGGCCGGAGCCGGGCCCGGACGCGUCCCUGGUGUCCCUGUACCGCUGGCUGGACACGGUGCCGCUGUCGCGGCCGCGCAGGAACAUCGCCCGCGACUUCAGCGACGGGGUGCUGGCGGCCGAGGUGGUGAAGUUCUUCUUCCCCUCCCUGGUGGAGCUGCACAGCUUUGUGCCCACCAGCUCCACGGCGCAGAAAGCCGCCAACUGGGGCCACCUCAACAGGAAAGUGCUGAGCAAGCUGAACCUGCGGCUCCCCGAGGAGAUGAUCCAGGCGCUGGCGCGGAGCCGGCCGGGAACGGCCGAGCAGCUCCUGCAGCUCCUGCGGGACAAAAUCCUCCAGAGGCAGAGGAACAGCAAGGGAGGGGGCGGGAAGCCCAAUGUCCGGAGCGAUUUGGGAAGUGGCUGCAUCCAGGAUGGCGCUGCCAGGGUGGUGACAGUGCCGGGGCAGCCCGGGGCUGGCCCUGGGGACAUGCGACAGCAGCUGGCGGAGCGCGAGCAGGCGCUGGCGCUGGCGCGGGACACGAUCCAGAUCCUGCAGGCCAAGGUGGGGCGGCUGGAGCAGCUCCUGCUCCUCAAGAAUCUCCGCAUCGACGACCUGAGCCGGCGGCUGCAGCAGCUGCAGGGCCACCGCCGCUGACGGGGACAGCGACAGCGCGGGGACAGCGCGGGGACAGCGCGGGGACAGCGCGGGGACAGCGCGGGGACACCGCG